AUGGAAUUGUGGGCAUCUGGAUUCAACGCUUGGGGUCAGCUUGACUUCUCUGGAGAAAAGGGUCUGGAUUCCAGGGAUCAUAACACUUUCCGGAGUGUCUUCGAAGACAAGCAUAUUGAGAUCGUACGAACAAGCCUUUCGGCUACCUUGAUACGGACCACAAACGGACUCGUUACGGCCGGCACUCCUGACGAACUAAUUUCCCUCUGUAUGGACAAACAAGAUUGCUUUGCAAAUCUAGCUCUAGCAGGGAAUGGCCAACUAGCGGAAUUCACACCUACCUCCUCAACGAGAUAUUCAUCCUUCCAAGACUUCCAGAGCAAAGAUGGGAAGGAUCUCAAUGUCCAGGAAGAGCUACAACACAUUGAAGCAAACCAAACGACGUUUACAGCUCUUUCCAAGGAUGGUGGGAAGGUGUACACAUGGGGAGAUGGACGGUACCCUAAUUGUCUAGGUCGAGAAGUGUCAAGCGAAUGCCCAGCAAAUGUCCCAAGCAUCGUUGAAGAUCUAGUCGAGCUCCCUGGGGGAGGUAUCAGGAAGAUUUCGUCUGGCGGAUAUGUCACAGCUGCUUUAACAGAGGACAAUGAUCUGUACGUUUGGGGUGGAAGGGCAGGUCAAAAGGCGACUUUAGAAGGUCUUGGGGGCAGCCCGAUGCCGGUCGAUUUAGAUGGUGAGGAUAUUUGGGAUGUUUCUGUUGGUAUGAAUCAUAUGCUUGUAGUAACUAUGAACCGCAAGCUGUUUGUGGUUGGUGAGGGUGGGAAUGGCCAACUGGGCUUAGAGGUGAAGGAGCUAGAGGAUUGGAAGGAGGUGAAACUGCCUCUGAGGGAAGGGCAGACAAUCACCAGUGUCCACGCUGGAUACAAGAACUCUUUCGUCAUGGUAGAGAAUUUCCCUUGA